AGUCUGGAGUUAUGGAAACAAGGAGGACACGAUAGAGAAAGUUUCUUCGAGGAUUUGGGAACUGUUGAUGGCGCUUGGAAUUGGACAACCAAUUCAGGAGAAAGUGUUGCUACGGUCGAAUUCCGAACAGCACCGGUGAAAUAAUUUCUUUCUGCGGGCCUGUGUUUGGAAGUAGAUAACAGCGGAGUAGUAACAUUGUGGCGAGGAAUUCCACCGCUCAUUCCGGGAACCUGAGGACGCACGAAGUUUAGUUUAGAACCUGUUGUUUGCGUGCACUUUGGAUACUCAUUUACUGACUGUGCACAAUCUGCUCGGUUCUAAGUGUGGCCUAUCAACGACUGGAGAGUUAGAUUUGAUUUAAUCUCAUUGAGGAUUGUAGCCUAGCCGACUAUCGCGGACCAAAUUGUAAGCUUCCAUCAAGUGCCAUGCAUGGCACCUUAUUAUCAAAUAUGAGGGAUCGGGAAAGUGUCAGAUUCAAGCCAACAGAAUGAAGACAUAGACACAAAAUAACGUUAAUGCUUUCACACAAGUGGGGAAAAACAUCACUCAAAGUAUUGAAUGCAAUUACGCUCAAACAUGAAUUCUUCCGGCGGCAGAAAGGUAGAUAGGCUAUAUGUCGGCGUGUUUGACUUAUUUCAAUGGAACUGAAAUUCGGAAAAUAAUUUUUAAGUAAUUUUCCCCAGGAAAGAAUUGUUGUUGGGUAGCUUCAUCUUGCGACACGUUGUAAAAAUAGCGUGCACGCUGGGAGUUACGAUGCUGGUCUCUUGGGUCACAUUUAUUCAAGCGUUCCUAAUACUGCUGGUGAAAGGAGCCGACCAAUGGAGCCUCCGGGAGUCCUCUAACUGCGAGCUAAAAAGGAAACAAAGUGAUCUGAACUCUUUCCUGUGGACCAUCAAACGUAACCCUCCGUCCUACUUCUACGGCACAAUCCACGUCCCUUACACGCGCGUCUGGGACUUCAUCCCAGAGAACUCAAAGAAAGCUUUCCAGGAGAGUAACAUGGUUUACUUGGAGCUGGACCUGACCGACCCCUACACCAUCUCAGCCCUGACCAGCUGCCAGCUCCUCCCCCAGGGGGGAACCUUACAGGACGUUCUACCCAGAGACAUCUACAGACGCCUCAAGAGGCACUUGGAGUACGUCAAGCACAUGAUGCCGUUCUGGAUGACUCCUGACCAGAGGGGGAAAGGCCUGUACGCUGACUACCUGUUUAAUGCCAUAGCGGGGAACUGGGAGAGGAAGAGGCCUGUGUGGGUGAUGUUGAUGGUGAACUCGUUGACGGAGGCGGACAUUAAGACGAGGGGGGUCCCGGUGUUGGAUCUGUACCUGGCCCAGGAGGCAGAGAGGAUGAGGAAGAGGACAGGAGCCGUGGAGAAGGUGGAGGAGCAGUGUCACCCGCUCAACGGACUCAACUUCUCUCAGGUGAUCUUUGCCCUGAACCAGACCCUUGUACAGCAGGAGAGUGUGAGAGCAGGCAGUCUGCAGGGCUCCUAUACCACUGAGGACCUCAUCAAGCACUACAACUGUGGAGACCUCAACUCCAUCAUCUUUAACCACGACACCUCUCAGGUCCCCAACUUCAACAACGUGACCCUGCGCCCCAGCGAACAGAUAACGGCCCAGGAGAUAGACAGCUACUUCAGACAGGAACUGAUCUACAAGAGGAACGACAGGAUGGGGAACAGGGUCAAGACUCUGAUGGAAGAACACCCUGAAAACAGCUUCUUCUUCGCCUUCGGAGCAGGUCACUUCCUGGGCAACAACACAGUGAUUGAUGUGCUGAGGAGUCAAGGCUAUGAAGUGGAGCACACUCCUGCAGGGCAGCCCAUUAACAGGUAA